GCCGAGGUGGAGGCAAUCAGUGAUGCCGCAGCUAUCAUGCUGACUACAUUGAGGGAAAUCAGUGAAGUGCUUGAAAUGAUUGCCUUAAGCAUCUCGGAUUUGUCGUUUGAGGAGAGUGCGAGUGACGAAGCGCCUAUGCUGUUUUGGCAGCAAAUGGUGGCUCUCGUGACCGAUACGGUUUCCAUAACGGAGUGGCUGCGUUCCCAUUUGUCUGCUUGUGGCAAUGGGGAAGCUGCAACGGCCUCGGAGGUGAUUGUCCUGGACGACGAGGAAGAGGAAGAGACGGCUAAAAUGCCGGAAACCCUGAACCUUGAAGAUGGUGUUUUUAUUGUUGCUUCAAGCAAACGAUGUCGAGAACAGCCGCACCGCCAGCACUCCAGUAAAGCAGAAAAGGAGGAAGGGGAGGAGGGGGAAGAAAAAAUGAAUAGUGACAGCACCACCAAAAGCAAUAGAGGUGGUGGUGUUGAGGCGGUGUUGCGUGGCAUCAGCGCACCUCUGGAGGCAAUUGGCUGGGCGGGACGCCAAUUCCUCAUUGCCAGGUCUUCACUGGGGUCUGAUGAGCUCAAUGACACGCUGCUGUCUUUUGUUUGCUUGUGUGUGGCGCUUUCUCCCGUGCGGUGGGAUGCCAUGGAGGAAAUAAUUCUGUCACGUGGCUUGAAUCACAGCAAUUGCAUCAUUCGUCGUGGCUACGCGGCGUUAGCGUUGCGCAUAUUUUUUACUCGAUGGGACAACGAGAGCAUUACGCAUAUGUUUUCAGACAAUUUGUUGCGUUUUGAAGAGAAUGAGGCGGCGAAACAGCAUUUCUUCCUGGAGACGCUUCAGGCCGCCUUUACCGGCGAGUUUCAAACGGUUCUUGUGCGUCAGGGUAUUUACCGUGACGUUUCUUCCUUUGCUAUUGCGUCCCUACCGCUGGUAAUCGCCCCAACACGGCAUAAAGAACGGAGUCGGAAAGCCUGCAGCAGUGUUCUUGAGGUGUGCAUUAAAAUUUGGGAACAAAAUGACUUCACGCUUUCCACCAAAUCUGCUGCGUUGACUGCGGCUCAUGCCAUCAUGUUGCAACUCUCGUGGUCGGUGGCUGAUUUGUGCUGGAGAGAUGCUGAAAUGAUUUACACUUCUUUUUUUAAGGCCAUGUGCGACUUGGAAGAAAGCGAUGUACGGGAGGUCGUCCUGGCUAGUCUUGAGGAUUUGUUGCCUCACUGUGUACUUUCCGACGGCGGUGAGGAGAAGCUGCAACGAAUAGCUGCGCUUCUCUGGGAGACGCCUUCCCCGGGCGGCAUAUUUUCUAGGGUCAUGGCACACAUUUUGUUGGAGUAUGCCCGUGAGUCAGUGUCGGUGAAGCUAGAGAAGGUGCAGAAGUUGUUGGGAUUUCUUUCCAGGCCUUUGGAGGAGUUGCCAGAGAUGGUGGCCCACUCGCGUGAAUCGCUUAUUGUCAGUCUUAUAUACCUCGAGGCUGGGCGUCGGCUCCGCGAAGCGGGCUCGCGACGUGAAACCAUGGAUACGGGUCUUAAAAAGGACAAAAGGGAGAAUGUUGGUGACGGUGUUCUCUCCAACUUCAACCUUGCAGUGGAAAUGGCGCUCGCCAUUGUGGAGUGUGGUCCGUUGACGGAAAUGAUUCUACAAGCGCUGGUGACACCGGUGACAAUAACAACAGAAGGAAGGGCGCUGACGAAAGAUGUCUUUUACGUAUUGGAUGCCAUGGCGGAGCUGGUGGGCCUCAGUAAUGGACCCUUGAAGAAGAGUCACCAUGUCCCUAUAUGCAUUGUACGGCGGUGCCUAUGCAGCCUGUCAUUGCUAAUACGCUUUCUUGGUUCUCAUGCGACGUCUAUCGCACCCAAGUUGCCGGCCAUUUUGGAGCACUGUAGUGUGCGGUCACAACUGGUGCGACCAGUGUGCGCCGUCUGGCGUGAUUUAAUCGCAAAUUGCAAAAAGGAAUACCUUAAAGAACACUCUCCUGCUAUUGUUGUGGAUAUACUGAGCAUGGGGCAGCUGGCAGAGGGUCACGGCGGAAGUCGUGGUUAUGAUGAUUGUGAUGAUGAGGGCGAUCCUUUGCCUUUGCUGGAAGAAGCCAUGCGUAUCGUGUACGAAAGUUCCUCGCAGGAGGCUUUCUGGGAGUCGUAUUUCAAGGUGAUGGGUAAGACAAAUGUGCUUAUUCAUCGAUUGGGGGUGAAUGGCGGCAAUAAAGUUUCCGCUGCAGAAUCAUUGAAUGUGGAAAAUACUCCAAUAGUUAGUGAGCGUAACGCCACCGUUGUUGUUGCUGGCUUCCUGUCGGUGAUGCACUCAAGCUCUACCAAGUGUAAGGAGGUGUUUGUCCGGGCCCUUUAUCAAUAUCUCUCCAAAACUGAUAGUGCUGGUCGGAUGGAAAUGACGCGGGCAGCUGGGGCGAGUCCGCAGCUCAUUCCUACGCUGCUCAACUGCGCGUGUGAGCUGCGUGACGAUCAUAUCGAGUACAUUUUGGCUUGCGUGGGCAUGAUUGGUGCCGCGGCACACUCACACGCUCCACUGCUUGCAACGGGGAGAGAGCUUACGCCGCGUGAGGGUACAAUUUCGUUUUCUCUGAAGAGCGGCCGUAGUGCGGAUUUGCGGGGCAUGCAGUUCCUGCCAGAGGACGUACUGGACUGGCGCACUCUGGCGCACAAAUUGCUCAGUGUCUACUGUCCACGGGCUCUUGCGAAUACAGCGGACCCUACAAUGCAUGACCGUGCUGCCUACGCCGUGCAACAGCUCUUGCGUGUCUGUACGGACGCUGAGCGGCAACCGCUUGAUCGGCUGCCCCUCCAAACUCAGGAGGUAUUACACGUUGAUGAGCUCAAUCAGUAUACGUGGUGGUCGCACCUGGAGCCGACGUGCCGGCAGAUGCUGGCGGGAUACACCACUACUCGCUACGACAAGCGUGUCAUCACGAAGACUGAAAGACGCAGCCCGGUGUACUUCUCUAAAAUGUCCUUUUCCGAGUGGAUGGACUCGUGGUUCUGCGACCUUGUCGAGCGCUGCGAGGGCGUUUUUGGGCGCAUGAUGGGUUCGUUGCGCAACAUGGCUAAGGGCGAUCAUGCCCUCAUUACGUUUCUUUUGCCGCUCAUUAUCGUUCACCUUCUACGGGCAGGUAAUGUUGACCAUUGCAACGCGGUUUUAUUAGAGGUGAUGAAUUUGCUCCACGCUGCGUCACCAGAUGCAUCACACGGGAAGGAGCAAUCAGGUUCAAUAUAUUCGCAAAGCAUCAUGAGGGAGGUGGUCACACCAGGGGCUCGGGCCACUGGUGUAGAGGAACAUGUGCAAGAGGUAUUUCACAUACUGGAGGAUAUUGAGCACCUGCGUUUGAAUUUGAUUCGUGCCAUCCAUCAACUGAACGUGCAGCGUGGGGGAAAUGUGGACCAAAGUGAAAUGAUGCGUGUUGACGAUGUCUGCAAACAGUUUCUUCUUCAAGUGGAUUGGACAACACGGGCCAAGGCGGCUGUAGCCAUUGGAAGUAACGUGCGUGCGUUGAGAUGCAUUGAGAGCCAACGUUAUUUGCCAUCCAUUCAGGAUGUGAUGCAAAAAAACAUCUCUCUUCAACGUAUUUUUGCCACCCUCGGCGACAGGGACUCUUCAAGGAGUCUCCACCGCACACAGGAGCACCAACUAGAGGAUGCGGCAUUUUCAUAUGAAAACAACGGAGAAUGGAGUCUGGCGCUUCAGGCAAGCGAAUUGGUGCUUCAGCAGCGUCCUAACAGUAUCAAUCAUCAGUUUACAGCGCUGCGUUGUAUGCAACAACUUGGGCAAUUACACCUCAUGUCUCGUUACAGCCAGGCUUUGCUGCUCCAAUCUUCACGUGUCUCAGCUGAGCAUAGAAAACAGGAUAAGCUUUUUUUGGAGGCAAGGAUGGCAGCAUUGCAGAACUACGCGAAUGAGGCAGCGUGGCGCCUUGGUGAAUGGAAGAAUAUCCAAACUCGCCAGGAUCUCCCAGUGAGUCUGGCGCCACCCAUUGUGGCGUUCAACAACUUACUUUGCAAGAGAGGGACGCUGAAGGAGGUUUUCUCCGCCUGUAAAAUGCAGCGACGGAAAAUCGCCCCUGUUAUCCGCGCAGCUUUUAGGGAGAGCUACGCUCAAGUAUAUCAGCACGUGGUUGUACUUCACGCCUUAACGGACAUUGAAACCGCAGCAGAGACCGUGACGUCUUUGCGAGCCCCACCGGCAGGCUCCGAUGGGAAAAUGAUUUCUGUUCAUGAUGACGUCCUUAAGAACGCGGCAUGCUUUCGGGAGUUUGGAUCCCUGCUGCAACAACGAGCUAGACUAACCGAGUCCACACCGGAAACACAAGAACUUUUGAUGUCUCUCCACCGAUCCAUUUUUCGGGCGUUUGAUAUGAAGGAAGAAGUGACGAAUACGUGGAUGCAGCACGCAAAAAUGUUGCGUGAUGAGGGGUUCCUGGAGGCAGCACUUAGUGCGGCUAAGCAGGCAAGUUUUAGUGAUGGUUUUCUCGACCCAUCGCACUGCACCACAGUGGCGAAGCUACUGUACGAGAUGAACAUGUCUAAUCAAGCCAUUGAAUUUGCCGAGGAUGCUGUCAACAAUAAGCUCGUUCCGCUAGUCAUUCGAGCCAAUUUGCGGGUGCUUGUCACACGGUGGAGGCAAGAGACGGGCUACCAAACCUCUCGGGAGGUGAUUGCGGGGUAUGAGUCGGCAUUGAAAAUGAGUGACUCUGAAAAGGCCCACCAUCAUCUUGCGUUGUUUUACGACACUUUAUACCGCUCUAUUCAGAGCCCUGUGCAGGAGUCCGGUAUGGUUUUGAGUGCCUCUUCGGAUGACAUGGAGGAUAAAAAGAUGGUACGCAAUGUCGAGUCGUAUGUGUUACAGGCGAUACACCAUUUUGGGCUGGCGCUAAGACGGGGCAGUAAGACGAUGAUUGUCUCCCUACCCCGCAUGCUCACACUGUGGCUUAAUUGUUCCGCCAUCCUCGCCACGCUGACCUCGAAGUCCGGCUCCAUCUCUGCCCUUGCGGAUUCGGUGCUUAAAAAAAUGAAUGAAAUGAUGGAGCUUUAUCUCCUUCAAAAGGACACAAAAUUGCCUGCCACGCAGCUCAUCAUGGCCCUUCCACAGUUGUUGUCUCGCAUUGGUCAUGAGAACACUCGCGUGGUUGAGAUUAUUACAGGUACGGUUGUCAAUCUCAUGAUGGAGUUUCCUCAACAGUGUCUGUGGCAAGUGCUUCCCAUUGUUUUUAGCAAACAACACCACCGCAGAGAGACGGUGCACAAUGCGAUUGUCCUUGAGUUUGUGAAGCGCAUCCCGAGUGAGAAGAAGCUUGUUGAAAACAUGCUUUCUUUCUUCAAGUCUUUCAUUGAACUCUGCAACUGCCCCGCCACAAGUCUUGCUGGUGGCCGCUCAUCGUCGGAGGUGUCGAUUGCUGGGCAGUCGUUUAUGCAGCGCAUUCAGCGUAUUCUUCCAUCGACACGAAUUAUUCUUCCGACGAUGGCCAACCUUUCUCCAAAUGUCAUGCACGGGGCAGAGAACAGCUCUGUCUUUGCAGGCUCUGCAGCAUUUAAGAGUUUGGAGGAUCGUGUGACUAUUAUGAGUUCUCUUCAAAAGCCUAAGCGCAUAACCGUAGUCAGCGAUGAGGGUGAGCGGGUUUUAUUUCUUUGUAAGGCGAGAGACGAACCACGAAAGGACAUGCGAAUGAUGGAAAUUGCCUCAUUGAUGAACACUUUCUUUUUGACGGAUCCGGAGCCGAGACGCAAGCGAUUUGCGCUACGUCGUUACGCAGUUUCCGCUCUCAGUGAUGAUUGCGCCAUUAUCGAAUGGGUCAACAACCUCAGUCCCUUUCGGAGGGUGGUGGAGGAUUGUUAUGCAAUGGACGGCACGGGUGUACGUGUUUCUCAGGUGAAGGUGUGGAAAUCCAUGGUGGACAGCGGGUCCCUCAGCAAGCUAGAUAUGCUACAGAAGCAUAUCUUUCCCAAAACGAGGCCGGUUCUGCACGGCUGGUUUCACCGUCACUUCCAUAGUCAUCAGGAGUGGUUUAAUGCACGGAACAGUUACACGCAAGCAACGGCACUUUGGAGUAUUGCGGGGCAUAUCGUUGGUCUUGGCGACAGACAUGGUGAGAACCUCAUGUUGGAUCUGCGUUGUGGGGAGCUCAUGCAUGUGGACUUUGCGUGUCUAUUUGACAAGGGUGAGUCACUAGAAGUCCCAGAGCGGGUGCGCUUUCGCCUGACACAAAACGUGGUUGACGGUAUGGGGAUACUUGGCGUUGACGGACCCUUCCGCGCAUCUUGUCAGGUGGCCCUUCGGUGCCAAAUGAAGAACAAAACCGCUGUCAUGAGUGUCGUUGAAACUUUACUUUAUGAACCUCUCGUUGAGUGGACGCGGCAUUCGUCUUUGCGUCAGAGGAAUUUUGAUCCCAAACAGCUGAUUGGGCGCGUCUCACGUCGUCUGGAUGGCUUUCUCGAUUUGUACAGUAGUACCCGCGAGAAGGACACUUUUGCACUCAGUUGUGAGGGCCAAGUCUCGCGCCUGAUUAGCCAUUCCUCCGCUGUUGAAAAUCUUGCCGAGAUGUACGUCUGGUGGAUGCCGUGGUUGUGA